AACGUGUGCACGUUGGUGGGGCGGUAGUGUAGUGAACUGCCUGACGGCUCGCUAUCAAUAAAACGGAUCCGCACGGACGUAACUCCGCAGGGAUGGCAGAUUUCCUGGAGGACACGCUGCCCGAUGAAGAGAGGGAGUUCCAGAAAACUAUAGCUCUGAUCGGAGGUAAAGAGAGGAUUUACUUGGUCGGUGAUGCCGGUAAGAGUAAAGAGGUGGACGGGGAUGACUCUGGAAUAUUGCAGGAGUUUAUCAGUGACAUGUUUUACUACAGCAACGGGGAGCCCCAAAACUCUCCUUCGGGCAUGCAAGACAAUACUGCAAGUACAUAUCCUGUUUGCGGCAAAACCGAGACUAAAAGCAAUGAAAUACCUCUGAAAGCGAGGCCUACGGGUUUGGAUUUGAGAGCCUGUUCGGUGGUUGAGGACGUGGAGAAAGUGAAUCCGCCGGCGCACAAUGGCAACACUAAGAGAACAGCAACGAGGAGAGCAAAUAUUUACAGCCGAAAGCCUAUAGACUCUCCUAUCAUCAUAUUCGUCUUCAGACAGACAUUUUUAAGCAAAAGUUCUAACGAAUUGUGCUUAAAAGAGACACUGAAGGACGUAAAGGCACGCACGAAACGCGCCAGAAUCGCCACACCAGCUCUGGUUGGAUUAAUACGCACCGGAGAGGAGAGCGCCGAGACACAUCUGUGCGCAACUCUGGAGAGACUGAUCCGCUCUGUGUUCCACAAACAUUUACCAGAAACAAUAUGGGUCGGCUGUUUCAUCCCGAAGACAGAGGCCAGAAUCCUCAGCAUCAAGAAAAACGCCUGCAAAGUCAUAUACUCAUCCCAAACAGCAGAUAAUACCAGGGAUAGAGGAAACCCGCUUCUCUGGCCAUUCCAAUGUUUGUUCGGGGAUCAUAGAAGAGGCCAGGCCAACAACUCUUCAAACGGCAGGCAAAGAGGUAACACCGGAAGUAAAGAGGAGGGUAUCCCUUUGAAAACCAUUUCCCUGUCUGCUGGACCUCAUGUGGAUGUAGGAGACAGCUGAUGUCAAGACACUGACCUGCAGCUGCAGGCAUAUCACUGCAGACAAUCAUUCUGUCUUAACUUUCAAUAAACAGUUAGCCUCAUUGUGCUACAGAGCCUUACUACAUGUAACACCGUUUCUUCAUAGUGUUACAUAUUUGCAUCGCAUCUAAGAAAAUGUUGGUAAAUAGUCUAAUCUGUUGUCAUUUAGCAGAUUUACACACAAUUCAUGAUGAAAAAUUGUUAUAUUAACUUUCACACCAUUUAAAAACAUAAUUUCAGGCCUAAAUAGAGAUGUGUCUGUUAGUUUAACACUGUGUGCACUGCAAUAGGGCUAGGUUGUUGCAAAAGUAAUCUUUUAACAUGAUGCAUAGUCAAGUACAGGGUUAGACUGCCAACUUGUCCCAAAACCCCAAUGCUUUUAAAAGGCCCAUGUUUUUGUGUGUCAUCUGGAAUAUACAUUUGCAAAGCACAACUCACGUAAAUAGGGCCAUUGUUGAUAGGGCCCCUUACCCUUGGGAGGUUAAUCCCACCAUAGUUACAGUUGGGAAUCUGUUCUUGUUUUUUACAUUCAUUCACUCAUUAGAAAUGUGUGCCUUAGAUUAUUGCUUUUGGCAAUAGCAUUAUCUGCAUCUGGAUGUAACCAUUUUCGCUCAUUAUGUAUUUAUGUAGACUUCUAGACCGUACAUUCAAAUAAAUAUGUAAAUAAACAGAUUUAAUUUUG